AUGGCAUACCAGAACAACAACAACAGCAGCUGGAUCAGAUGGUUCCUCGGGAUCAACGAGUUCCUCUGCCGCGUACCCAUCGACUACAUUCAGGAGACGUUCAACCAGAUGGGCCUGGAGUACUUCACCGAGACACUGCAAGUGAUCCUGAAUCCGGUGUUCGACAGUUCCUUGGAUUGUGUCUUCGGCGAUGAGGAGAAGUGGUACGGCAUGAUCCACGCCCGAUACAUCAUGUCGGAGCGAGGCGUGGAUGAUAUGCGCCAAAAGUAUGAGAGAGGCGACUUCGAAGUGUGUCCAAAGCUCUCCUGUAGGCAGAAAGCCCUUCCUGUGGGCCCCAGCGACGUGUGGGUCAAGUCCAACGUGAAUAUCUUCUGCCCUCGCUGUAACGAUACACAGCUGGACGGAGCAAUGUUCGGGACCAGCUUCUUGCACAACUUCUUCGAGCAGCGGCUGAACUUGAGACCCCAGCCGCCCCUGGACGUCCCCCGUCUAUUUGGCUUCCGGUUUUUACGAGACGGCCUUGAUGAAGCUCGAAUCGCCCGAGUCCUCUCCCAAGAAUAUCAGAUCCUCGGUCAACAAGUCCCAAUGAAUGAUCUGAAUGUUUAA